GUUGGGAUGUGAUGGAAUUCAAGGAAUUCAAGAAAAUCAAGCAAUCGAAGAAAUUCAAGAAAUUCAAGCAAUUCAAGAAAUUCGAGAAAUUCAAGAAAUUCAAGCAAUUCAAGAAAUUCGAGAAAUUCAAGAAAUUCAAGGAAAGGAACAAGUGAUAUAA